AUGAGUCUGCCUCUUACCCAGUCUAGCGCAGGACUUGGUUCCCUGGUGGUCGCUGUGUUUCUCCUCAGCGCCGUGCUGCCCUGUCUAUCCGUGUACAGCAGUGGAGAAUGCUACUUCAACACCAAAGGCGUUUGCGAAUACCAGGGCCAGAAGUUUGGCAUCGGAGAGAGCUGGAUGACUAAAGACUGCUACCAGUGCGUCUGCAUGGAACCAUUUGGCGUUGGGUGCUGUGACCACAGUUCACAGCCAGUGGAUUAUCCUGAUUGGUGUGAGGUCAUAAGGAAGCCGGACUCUUGCAUCAGCGUGGCGGUGAUGAGAGCCAAUCACAAACUUCCGUGUCUCUACGGGAAAUGGGACAAGGUGCGACCGGACGCCUGGAAGUCUGACAACGACCUGAUGUUCUAA